AUGUCUUCCCUACCUGCAGCGUUUCACUACACGUCUCUAGGGGUCACACCGUCAACGCCAUUUGACGAGAUCAAGAGAGCGUAUCGGAAGCUUUCGUUGAAGCUACAUCCCGAUAAAACACCCGAUCCCAAGCUUCAUGAAAAGUUUAAAGAGGUCAGUGCUGCUUAUGAGAUCAUCAGAGCGUAUCAAGAGGCAAGAAUGAAACUUGGCACCGGCCCUUCAUCAUCGUCAAAUAGUCAUCAUGGUGCAGCAGCAGCGCCGUUCACGUCUGCCUACAACUAUGCAAAGAACCCUCAUUUGAACCCGUUUACCCAGUAUCACACGGAGUUUUAUAGUCGACAGUCUCAACUGACCAAAUCGACCAGUGCAAACACCAACUCGCAGAAUGGAGGAAAUUCCUCAAGCUACUCAUACUACCACUUUUAUCAGAAAUCCCAGGCGCAGCAAAAGCAAGCAGCAGAAGCAGCAGCGGCGCAGGCCGAACGCUUGAGACAGGAGAUGUUGGAACGCGUCAAAGCUGAAGAUGAAUUGAAAAAACGACGAGAAGCAGCAAGAAAAGAGGAGGAGGAGGAGGAGGAAAAGGAAAAGCAAGAAGAGUUGCGAAGGACGCAGGAAACAAUAUUCAAGAGAAGAUCGUCUAGACGCGUUAGCAGUCAGGAAAAGAAGCGAAAUGGGUCGAUGAGGUCAAGGACAAAAGUCAAAGCCGAGGUUAUUGGUGAGCCGAUAGAAGUCGCGAGUGGCUCCGACGCUGAAUAUGAGGCAGCGAAGGAGAGCCGGAGAAGCAAGGUGGAAGCUGCCCAUGUUACCAACGAGUUUUUGAAACUGGCGCAUGGGUUGGCUGAUGAUGCAAGUAGACACUAUUCUGCAAGUCUGAAAGAGAAAGUCCCCUUGUUUGGAAACGACAAUGACAAUGACUAUGACAAUAGUGGUGCCGAUGAAAAUGACAAUGAAAAUUACAAUGAGAAUGUGGACGUGCUGAAACCUAUACAUUCGAAAACCAGAAACACUCGAAGCACCAGCCACUCGAACCGAAAACGAAAAGAAGAUAUAGACGUUGCUUUGGACGAAGAAACCGGUUUUGGGAUCUCGGAAAUUGGGGAGAAUAAGAAGGGGAAAAAGAAGAAGAAAACUGUUCCCACCGUGUAUAAGCUAGAGAGCCUGGAUGAGGAGAAGGAAGAUGUCUCGUUCAUGUUUGUUCCUGAAACCUCCGCAAUAAACUCCCCAUUGGAUUCUGACCAUGACCACCAGCACAGACCCUUACCAGAAGAAAAAAAUAAUCACCCCUCAGUUCAAAAGACAGCCCAAGAAGAUGACGACGAUCUGAAUUGUUCAUCUUCGGCAACUAGCUUCAACAAUCAUGCUUCUCAUCCGAAGACCGACAAUAAUUUCGCAGAGCAAGAGUAUGCUCCAUUUCCAAUGAAGCCGCGACAAGCACCUCGCGCGGCAACGGCAUCACCAACAAGACCCAAGUCCGAUAGAGCUAAUCAAAACUCCAACAAUAAUCCUCCUUUUAGCCAAUUCAGCACUCCCAACUCGCGCGGCAACACGGCGCUGUCCCAUAAACGAGCCAAACACACCACAAAUGACACCCCGUCUGCUUUCGAGAUGAACUACAUGGAGAAAAACCUAGGGACAAAUUUGGAAGAGAUUGAUUUUCAGGCAAUGUAUGAUAGUCUCCCUGACAAUCAGAAGCGCAAGGAAAAGACAACGACGGGGGCCUCUGUGUCCAACCCUGAACAUUGGCAACAGAGACCAAGAGAGUUUGUUUACACCAACGGCGCUCGUGUUGAAACCUUGUCAACUCCAAUGAACGCCAACCCCGUUAGGGGACACCCCACGUCCAAGCCCAAUUUGGCAACCGGCCGGAAACUCAACGUGCUAGACAUGCACGCAUCCCCCAAUGUUCUCAACUUUACUGCUCCUGCGCCGCCGAUGGCCAAUUUCGACCCAACUACAAUCACCAGAGAGCGGUGGCAGCGGUACGUCGAUUCAAUUACAAAGUACCAACAGGCUUUCCUCCAAUACAAAAAGCUCAUUGUGCAGUACCAAUACGAGAGAACCGAAAAGGACUUGCAGCAUUUCGAUUUGAUUAACGAUGUCAGCGACAUGGCCAAUUUGAACGUAUACAGCCAGUGCCUUGUUCGCGAUCUUGAAGUCAUGGUCCAGUUCGAAAACUCGUUGAGGGUGUUUAUGCUGACUAUGAAUAUUUACGGGCAGAACUGCCACUGGGUCAACAUGUACAAGAGGAACGAUCCUCUGAAAAAUGAAUACUGA